AUGGUUUCGACACGCGCAAGAUCCCUUGAGAAUCAGCCUGAAUCCUCUACCACCUCCAACGACCACAAUGCCCGAUUGCAACAGUUAAACGAUCAAAUCCGUGAACGAGAGCAACAGUUAGCUAUUCUGCACGCGCAACAACGCCUCAACGAGUUGGAAGCACAGAUUCGCGAAGAUACUUUUAUCGAGUCCCGACCAACCCCGGAUAUCGCCGCAGAACCGCCGCAAAAUCGACCCGUAGAUGAUAUGGAUGAUGAUAACGAAACACCGCCGAGAUUGGAGAUUAAGGAUUACUAUCGAGGAAAGAAUAUGUUAGAAUUUAAGGACUAUAAAGAUCGCAUGUUGACUCUCUUUGCACGCCACCGUCGAUAUUAUCGAAAAGAAGAACGCAAGAUAAACGACGCCAAACUCUACCUUGAUGCCCACGUUAAGCAGAAGUGGUUGAAUUUUGUAUCAGCAUACGAGAGACGCGGAGGAGCAACACCGUUAACAUUCGACGAUAUGCUAUCACACCUAGAGAUGCAAAUUAACGACCCGCAGAAUCAGCGUCGAUUGGCGAGCCAAAGGUUCCAAGAUGCUAAGCAACAGGAGUGGCAAUCGAUACGCGACUUUUCUAAAUAUCUCGAAGAUUGGGAGCAUUACUUACCCCCAUACAGCGAGGAACAGAGAAUGGAUAACCUGCGUAGUAAAGCAUUGAAGGUGCUACGCACCGAACUCGACCGUCGAAAUCAAGAACCCCAGAACUACGAAGAGUUGCUUCGAACUCUACAGACUCUCGAGGAAAAUAUGCCGGAGCGACGACGCGCCAUUCGCAAAGGCAGACCUGCGAUAUUCACGACUAGGCUGCGAGAUAAACACUUAUUGGCGAUGAACACCUGGAUGUUGACAGAAGUAGGAUGGCCAAUGGCGUGGACGGUUAAAUCAUAUGGACAACGAAAAGCUGCAAUGAAGAUUAUCGAUGAUGAACAUGUCCUCCGGGAAGGAUUCCACCAUUUCGAAGAAGCCGACAUCAGUGGAUACGAUGUAAUUCUGGGUAUGCCAUGGUUGCAAGCUGCGAACCCCGACAUUGACUGGGUGCGAAGAUGCUGGACCUAUAGGAAAGCGUCAAAUAUCAGCCACGUGCACCUAGAUACCGCUAAGGAAUUUGCAACUUUAAUGGACGACAGCAACAUUAUAUUCGCCGCCUUUCCAUUGCGAGCUGCGCAUGCAGCGACUGAGCCAAAUAUCCCGGAUGAUUAUAAGGAUUAUCUUGAUGUAUUCCGAGAAGAUAUACCUGACGCGGAACACGCACCCCACGAUCAUGCCAUAGAUCUCAAACCUGGCAAGGAACCACCGUACCGACCGAUAUAUAACCUGUCACCUCAAGAACUCUCCGUCCUCCGAGAAUAUAUCGAAAAGGCAUUAGAGAAGAAUUGGAUACGCCCGUCCAAGAGCCCAGCCGGUGCCCCAGUAUUAUUCGCACCGAAGAAAGACGGAACCCUGCGUCUUUGCGUAGAUUAUCGAGGGUUGAACGAAAUAACAGUCAAGAAUCGGUAUCCGCUGCCCCUGAUAAGUGAAAUACUCGAUAGAUUAGCAGGUGCCAAAAUAUACACGCAAUUGGAUCUUAGGGACGCGUAUCAUAGAAUCCGCAUACGAGCGGGGGAUGAGUGGAAAACGGCAUUUCGAACACGAUACGGACACUUUGAGUAUCUGGUUUUACCCUUUGGGCUAACCAACGCCCCUGCGACUUUCCAAUCUUAUAUCAACAAGGCCCUCAGUGAUAUUUUGGACGUAUAUUGCGUGGCUUAUCUUGACGAUAUCGUAAUCUAUUCGAAUACGCUUGACGAACACGUCGCCCAUGUUAAGAAUGUGCUGGAACGUUUAAGGCGAUGGAGACUAUAUGUGAAACUUAUUCUCGAUAAUAACGGCACCCCUGACUGA